AAUACCAUUCAUCAUUUUAGAUACAGCAGAUAUAUACAUAUAGAGUGAGAAGAACCACAACUAGUUCUUAGAGAGAGAAACAGAUUUGGUGUCAAAGAUGGAACAACAAAAGGCAGCAGCAAAGCCAAUAAGCAAGAUCUUGAAGUUUCUACCAAGAGCAACAUCGUCUGUUUCAUUUCAAAACCCUCCACUUUACAGUCCGGCAAAAGAUAAGAGAUCGUCGGAAAAAACCCACAAAUCCAAUCUCGGAAUUGGUUUCUCAGGACCUAUGGUUUCCAUAAUUCCGUCGGACAAUCGCCGGAAAAUCAAGAACGAUUCAACUUACGCGCUUGUAUAUGAACCCACUUCUCCAAGGGUGUCUUGCAUGGGUCAGGUCAAGUGCAAACACUACCGGAAAAAACUCGCCGCCGCUAGCGCUGGGGCCACCAACAAACUACCACCGACGCUCGCAAAACCCACCAAUAAAGUUUCACGAACAACGUCUUUCACCACCGUAAGAACCCACUACAAAGAAGACGAAGAAGAAAAGUCAGCAAAAGUCGAUCCAGUGGUUGUUAAGAGUAAGAAAAAAUCAGGAAUCCGUGGCCUAUUCCGCGGCGGAUCUGUCAAAGGCGGGAGAAAGUCCGAUGCAACCAACAACAAGUCGAAGACGGAGUUGAAUCUUCAUCAGAAGGCUCCAUGUUUGAGCACAAUGAAGAGAUUCUCUAGCGGGAGAGACGCUUUUUCGAAUUUCGAUUGGACAACACAGGUUGCACCGUUGGAUUCCGCUCAUCGGAAUUAUUUCACGGACGACGAAAGAUGUGGUGGAAGCGACGGCGAUGAAGAGAUCAAGAUCCCUUCAUCAGCACCAGUCAUGGAGAGAACCAAAGGGGUUUGUGAUGAUUUCAUCAGGGUUGGAGGUGUAAACUUAGAGCCAAGAAAAGAAAUUAACUUGUGGAAGAGAAGAACCAUGGCUCAACCAAAGCCACUUCAAUUGCAAACCGUUUAGUUUCGUUUUGGGGGUUAAGUUCUUGGGUUACUUUUUUUUUUUUUUUUUUUCAAUUUUUCUUGUAUUUUUGAUGACUUAAAUAUGUGAAUAUUAAGAAAUAUCUGGUCAUUUACAUCAAAUUCCAACAUUUUUGUUUUAUAAUUCUCAUUAAUAUUUAGAUUCAGAAAACAA